CUAAUAAAAGCUUCAACCAAAAAGAAAAAAAAAAAACCCAAAAUUUGAUCUUCAUCCCUUCUGGCUUUUGUGUUCCCAUUUUCUUCUCUCGUGGGUCUUAAUAAUUAGCUAUAGAGACUCCCAUGGAUGGCGACUCCACCCUUCUGGCCAGCUCCGGCGAGGCGGCACCACCGCCCGCCGAAGCUGUGGAAGAAGAAGAAGCUCAUGACGAAGCUGGUGGCGGCGGCGGCGGGUCGAAUUCCGGCGAAGAAGGCGACAAGAACAAUUACGGCGGCAACCGGUGGCCUCGGCCGGAGACCUUGGCUCUGUUGAAGAUAAGAUCCGAUAUGGAUGCAGUUUUUAGAGACGCAACUCAUAAAGCUCCAUUAUGGGAUGAAGUUUCAAGGAAGUUGGGAGAGCUUGGAUUCAAUCGGACUCCAAAGAAAUGCAAGGAAAAAUUCGAGAAUGUUUAUAAGUAUCACAAAAGAACCAAAGAAGGCCGAAGUGGGAAAUCCGAUAAUAGCAAAAAGGUGUAUAGAUUUUCCGAUGAAUUGGAGGCUUUUGGCAAUCAUCAUCAUCACAAUCACAUUUCAUUUCAAUCUCACCACCACCCAGCACCGGCACCGCCGCUGCCAAUUCCUCGGCCGAUGACGACGACGGUGACGGUGACGGUUCCGCCUUACAAUCCUCCGGCGAAAAUAGUCACAUCUACUACUGUUCCAUCGACCAUGAACAACACAACAAACAACAACUCCUUGCCACCCAAGUCCUCCAUCCCACUUUCCAAUUUGCCAAAAAUGGCCGCCAAUGUGAUGUUUUCGAGCUCGACUUCGUCGUCGACCGCGUCGGAGGAAGACCCGUUUCGGAGCCGGAGGAGGAAGAGGAGGAAGAGGAAGUGGAGUGAUUUCUUCGUGAGGCUAACAAAGGAGGUGAUAGAGAAGCAAGAGGGGCUCCAACUCAAGUUCUUAGAAGCAUUGGAGAGAAUUGAGAAUCAAAGGAAGUUGAGAGAUGAAGCAUGGAGAAUGAAAGAGCUGACAAGGGUGAAUCAAGAACACGAAGUUCUCGUCCAAGAGAUGUCGGUCGCUGCCGCCAAAGACGCCGCCGUCGUAGCAUUUCUACAAAAAAUAUCCCCUUCUCCAUUCCCAUUCUCAUCACCACUACCGCCGCAGUCGCAGCUGCAGUCAGGUCAGCUGCAGAACCACGACGAGAAAGAAAAGGUGACCACCGCUGUAGGAAACAGUCCAUCGUCAAGAUGGCCAAAGACUGAAGUGGAAGCACUAAUAAGGCUGAGGACAGAGAUGGAAAUGAAGUACCAAGAUCAGAAUGGGCCAAAAGGGCUAUUAUGGGAAGAGAUUUCAGCAGCCAUGAGAGGGCUUGGAUACAACAGAAGCUCAAAGAGGUGCAAAGAGAAAUGGGAGAACAUAAACAAAUACUUCAAGAAGGUCAAAGACAGCAACAAGAAGAGGCCAGAAGAUUCCAAGACAUGUCCCUACUUCCACCAAUUGGAUGCUCUAUACAAAGAGAAAGAAAAAAACACAACUUUUGACAUCAAUAGCCAAAUGGAGCCAUUGAUGGUUGAGCCAGAGCAACAAUGGCCACCUCCUCCAUUGCAGCCUAAUCAAAUCAUGGUAAAUGGUGAAGGAAUUCAUGAACAAGAAGAAGAGGAAGAAGAAGAAGAUGAUGAUGAUGGAGGCAGUAGUAGCACAGAUGUGGAAAAUUGAAGAAGGAAGAAGAAAAUGGGUCAUAAUCUUCAAUAAGCAUAUAAUCCAAUACAGUUCAAAAGGGAUAAAAAAGUUGGCACAAAAAAGCAAGCAACUUUGACACUGAUGUAAGUCAGAUUUGCAUUACAUGUGCCUGAAGAGGCACUAGAGGGGCAAAAUGUAAUGGGGAAUUUUAAAUUUGUAUAAUAAUUAUUGUUGUCUAUA